AUGGCGCCCAACCCCUACCUCCUUGCAGCCGACAACCCAGCAGCGCUGCUCGCCCUCCUCCACGAAGACCCCGCCUUGGCGUCUGGUCAAGACGAGCAUGGCUAUUCCCUCGUGCAUGCCGCCGCCAGCUACAAUCAUCUUAGCCUCCUCCGAUCCCUAGCCCGCGAGUUCAAAGUCCCGAUCGACCUCAAAGACGAAGACGGCGAGACUGCGCUAUUCGUGGUCGAAUCGGUUGGGGCCGCCCGCGUGCUUGUGGAAGAGUUGGGGCUGGACCCCAAGAUACAAAAUGAUGAGGGACAAACGGCAGGGGAGAAAAUUGAGGCUGAGGGCGAUUGGCCUGCAGUAGCCGUGUACCUCCAGGGAUUGAAUGAGGAGCCGGCAGCCACCAACGGGGCACCUAAUGGCACAACAUCGGCCGGAACGGAACUGCCUCCCGUUCCAGAAGGGUUGCAAGUGACUAUGGGCAUGAUGGAUGAGGCGGCGGCGGGGGGGCAGCAACCAGACCCCGAAUUUCGCCGGAGGAUAGAGGAGUUGGCUGCGAGAGAGGAUUUCCAGGCGCCUGAGGGCCAGGCAGAAUUGCGAAGACUGGUCGAGGAGGCUAUCGGCGGUGCGGAAGGGCUCAGUGAAGAAAGGAGCGUUCGGCCAAGGCAGGAUUGA